UGUGAUGAUAGAAGUUCGAAGGAACAUUGUUAUUUUUAAUAAUGGUGUCUAUUGUUUUCGGCGAUCGUCAGAAUAUGUUUAAGACAAUUCUAUGUCUCAACUUCUGGUUUUUAUCAAGCUUUGCUUACGUAUUUGCUGAUAAUAGGGAAAAAGUCAUAAGAUGUAUAGCUGGCAAUGUUACCAUGCAGUUUAAACCCGAAUUGGUAGAUGGCAAAGAGGUGAAGACUUACGUAUGGAACAAGGUCCGAGGCGUAAACAAAGAUCCAAGCUUUGCCAAGUUUGAACCUAGCGUUUCAUCACAGCUUGAGAUAUAUUAUAAUGACGAGCACCAGGUUCAGAAUCGAUUAAUCCACUAUCCCACUGAGCCUGCUACCUUAUACCUCACGAAUUUAAGGAAAAGUGAUCAACAGCAGUACACCCUCGCUCUUAGCUAUGUUGAUUAUAUUGGAACACCCACAGAAUAUAUUAUAGACCUAGAAGUACAAGAUGUUUGUUUUGAAAAACCAAAAGAAGUGGGCAAGUGUGCAGUUACAACAUGUUAUACAGGAGACAAUGGGGUACUGAAGACCCCAGAUGGCGCGAAGCAGACAGUGAUGGGAUAUAAACAAGUGAAGGUCUGUGAUGAAGCGACUUCAGGCAACUAUUUAUGCUGUAAUGCUGCAGGAACCUGUCUUGUUCAACCCUUACAAGAAUCCACAGGUAAUCCUGUUUACUCUGUAAUGUUUAUCUAAAUCACCUUUUAUACUUGUUGAUAUUCAAGUCUUAUGGAAUACAGAGUUAUGUGGAUGUAAACCAAGUAACAGGAUGUGAGAAAUGGUUAUGGAUUAGAUUUGAACCCAAGCCCUUUGAAUUUCUAGUCAGGUAUUCUACCAACUGAGCUGUCUGGUGCCAGUAUUCGAACUCCUCCUACCAUUACAAGCAUUUAACCAAAGUCUAUCUGAUGUUUAGCGUAUUGUUAUAAUCAUACUUAAAUUUUGUUUGACACAUAUUUAUGAAUGUCUCUUGCAGGAAUUCAGGGGUUAUAUGAUGUAAGAUGGUUGAUAUGUCAUACCGUAUAACCAAUAACUUUCGCAAUCUUGCUUCUUUUUUCUGCAAUUUCUGUCAAAUAGCAAAAUAUUGAAUACGCAAAAAUUGUGUCUUGUAUUAUUUUCCAUAAGAAACUUAAAAAUCGCAAAAAUUGACAAUGCAAAUUUAAAAUGCUACAUAUUUUCCCUAUUUUCGCAAAUUUUCUAACACGCGAAGAAAAAACGUAUUUAUGGUACAUGUAUAUCAGUCUGUUGUUAUGAUGAAUAUUUCAA